CCUAAAAUGCCAUACUGCUUGGGAUAACCAGAUCAACAAAGCAUGGUUCGCAUAAAAAACAGAUAUAUUGCGGUGCAGAUAGUGCCCUACACACCCACAAAAGUGUUGUGGUUCAACGACAACACACUGACAAAGUGCCUGCUCAAAAACAUUGAGAAGUACUAUGGAGUCUAUGGACUGGGAAAGAUCGAGCAGGGAUUCCGGGUGAAGUACAUCAAUGAGCGGACCAAAAUAGCCAUUAUUAGGUGCAUGCACAGUGGUCAACGCUUUGUGUCCAGUAUAUUGCCUCUUAUCACACUGAUUGGAGAUGUCCGGGCGAAGUUUAGGACUCUCUACAUCGGUGCCACCAUUAUACAGUGCAACAAGUUCAUCAUCAAGCAUCAGAAGAAAUUCCUAGACCGCGAGAUGGGCCAGUUGACGUCCGCCAAGGAGCGACAGGAUCUCUUCAAGCGGGUGAUGGAGUUUGACAUGGACAGAUAACAUCAAGCCCAAG